ACUUGAAUGGUUAUGCAGAUGCUUAAAUCGCAAUAAAGGCAUAUUUUAAAGAACUCUAAAAGCAAUAGCCCACUACAGGUGGGCGAAUAUGAUGUGUACCGCUACCGUCAUCCAAAGGAUGUGUAAGAAUAUCAACCUAUCUUUUUGACACCAUGGGAAUAUUACAGUCACUGUAACAGUACAUAUUUACUGUUCUGUUCCAUUGGCUACUACCAUGUGCGUAGAUUACAAGCUAAGUUCAAUGGACGUAUAGACACUAUAUAUAGUGGGCAUUAUGUGAAGCAAAUCAUCGAGUUUUAUUUUUCUAGCUAACACUUGAAGUUAGAUUGUGUUGUGGGUGUUAGCAGUAAUGGCAGCACGAGGGAAGUACAGUGAAAGUUCUGAACAGUAUUCUGAACAAUCACAGCGGGGCAAGACUCGUUCAUGGCUGUUUGGUGGGUGGAUGUCUAAGAGUGGUGAAGAGGAAUCCACCCAUAAGAACAAUUCUGCCCAUGUGCGCACUGAGAAGUCCUCUAAUAUUAAAGGAGGCAGAACAGGGCGUGCCUCUUCCCAUGAUGAUGCUGAUUCAAACAGCCCCAAUGAUCCAGUGCAGCGAAAGAAGAAGACUGCAACCUUUGCUGAUAUGGAAGAUGAUCACCAUGCAGAGAAAAAGAAUGAAGACAAUGAGGUGGACAAGUAUGCAGAGGAUUUCAUUGAUAAACAGAAAUCCAAGCUAGAGAUGGAGAGGCUCAUAUCCAUGAAAAGGUAUGAGAGCAUGCUUAAUAGAGGCAUGUGAGUUUCAUCCCUCUAUAUAUAUAUUAUGUAUAUCGAGAUACAUAUGAUAUAAUUAUAGGAUUGGGUGUGUACUAGGAGGACCAGGAACAGUUCCGUAUUUUAUAAUAAUAAUGGUGCUUGUAAAACUUUUUCAUAUUUAUAUUAUAGCAUUAUGGUUUGCUUAA